AAUAAUCGUAAAUACACGUGUAAUGUCUCUAUAUGUGGGUCGUUAUGGUAGGAAUCACUGACGCCUGCUGGAAGCGAAUCCCAACAAACCUGCUUUCCACUCAUUCAUUAGCUCGAGUAGAAGUUCUCUGACAGUUGUGCUUCACGGCGGGUGUCGUUGGGAUCUCAGUGUUCAGAGAUGUCUGCGGUUAUUAGGAAGAUCAUUCACACUGUAGCUGCUCCAGCUGCCAUCGGGCCCUACAGCCAGGCUGUUUUGGUGGACCGUACGAUGUACAUCUCAGGACAGAUCGGCAUGGACGUUGGUGGACAGCUGGUGGCAGGAGGAGUGCAGGCUCAGGCCAAGCAGGCACUCAUUAACAUGGGGGAGAUUCUGAAAGCUGCUGGAUGUGGAUAUGAAAAUGUUGUCAAAACCACAGUGUUGUUGGCAGACAUUAAUGACUUCAAUAACGUCAAUGAUGUUUACAAGCAGUUUUUCAAGAGCAAUUUCCCAGCGAGAGCUGCCUAUCAAGUAGCUGCCCUGCCCAGAGGGGGACUUGUUGAGAUUGAAGCGAUCGCUGUGUUGGGGCCCAUCACGGAUGCCUCCUGACUACAUGAACCCACAUGCAUCACAAACCAUAAAUACAGUUAUAUGGAGACAAACUACAUGACAGAUUACAAAAUCAAUCAGACUUUUAUCCUCCCAUUAAACCCAUAACAGGCAAGUCACCAAGUCUGUUGCCCAUUUCGCUAAUAUAAUAUAUGAUCAUUCAUCAUUACAUAUUCUGUAAUAGCAACAAUUCAAAUCCAAGUUCAAUUCAACUUUAUUUUUAAACUUGUCAUUAUCACAUUAAUCUGUCAUUACCACAUUAAAUCAAAUCACAACACAAAAACAUUGCUUCCAUUUGUUGAGUUCAAUCUGUCAUAUGUGUUGCAGGAAAACAUUAACAUACAAUAAAUAAA